AUGGAAGCGAAUGAACACACAAAGGAGAUUCUACAAGGGCAGCCUGCAAAAUUGUUAAGAUAUUUUCCUAUUACACCAAGGUUUCAAAGGAUGUUCAUAAAUGAAGAGACAAUUUCAUUCUUAAAGUGGCAUUCAACUAAUAAAAGAAUGGAUGGGAAAAUGAGCCACUCGGUAGAUUCAGAGGCUUGGGAUGCAGUUAAUGAGAGAUGGCCAGAUUUUUCACUUGAACCGUACAACCUUCGACUAGGAAUUUCUGCUGAUGGGGUCAACCCUUACAAAAAUAUGAGUUCUACAUAUAGUUGUUGGGCAAUAAUGCUCGUUGUAUACAAUUUUCCACCUUCAAUGUGCAUGAAGAAUGAAUUCACAUUUCUUUCUAUGUUGUUUCCUGGACCAAAACAACCUGGGAAUGACAUAGAUGUUUAUUUAGAGCCCUUAAUAGAUGAGUUACUAGAAUUAUGGAAAGGUGUGUAUACAUAUGAUGCUUCUACAAAGAAGUUUUUUAAUUUAAAGGCCAUGCUGUUAUGGACCAUAAAUGACUUUCCAACUUAUGGAAUCUUAGCUGGAUAUGCGACUAAAGGGAAGUAUGGUUGUCCUAUAUGUGGAGAGAACUCAAAUGUUGUUUGGUUGAAGCAUAGUAAGAAGAUGUCUUUUUGCAAUCAUAUUCGAUUUCUUCCACAACAUCACCCAUAUCGAAAGAAGAAAUAUACAACUACUAGGGCAAGGGAAAGAGCACCACAAUGUCCAACAAUAUUAAUAGGUGUUGAAGUAGCUGAGCAAUUAAGUGAAUUCACUAAUGAUUUUGGAAAGGGUAGAAAGAGGGGUCAUGGUUCAGAGUUUGAUAAAGGAUGGAGGAAAAACAUUCUUAACACAUUGUUGGAUUGUAAGGGAAAAUCUAAAGAUCAUUACAACUCGAGAUUAGAUUUGACAGAGAUGGGCAUUAUGACUCAUCUCUACCCAUAUGAAGAAGGAAUUACUCGUCUUCCUGCUGCAGCUUACACUUUGUCAAAAUCAGAUAAGAAGUUGUUUUGUAAGAGACUAUUUGACUUGAAAUUGCCUUAUGGAUAUAGUUCUAAGAUUAGCAAUUGUGUAGAUAUGGAGAAUCAUAAGCUAACAAGACUUAAAUCUCAUGACUGUCAUGUGAUUAUGCAGCAAUUUUUAGUUGUUGCUAUAAGGGGUUUAAUGGAUGAAGGAUGCAUAGAGACAAUCCUUCGAUUUUGUAGGUUUUUCCAUGAAUUGUGCCAAUGUGUGGUUGAUAAGGAGGAUAUUAUAAAAUUGGAAUUAGAAUCUGCAGAAAUUGUCUACAAACUGGAAGAAUAUUUCCCACCUUCUUUCUUUGAUCCAAUGAUUCACUUGGUUGUCCAUUUAGCGCGAGAAUUCAGACUUUGUGGUCCGGUUCAAUUUCAAUGGAUGUACCAUUUUGAGAGGUAUAUGAAAGUAUUGAAAGGAUUUGUAUCAAAUUAUGCACGACCAGAAGGAUGUAUCGCAAAUCGCUAUCUUGAUGUUGAAUGUGUACGCUUUUGUGAGACCUUUUUGAAGCAUAAUGAUAAUCAAGAUAGUACUGAAAUUGAAGAAAAUCCACUAUCAGCUGGAGAAUACUUUGAACUUGACCAAGGGGAUAUAUCAAUAGCCCACCGGUAUGUGUUAUUCAACUCAGAUAUUGUGGCACCAUUUCUCAAUAUCCAUAUGGAUGAGAUGAAAGAAAUGCACAAAAUAUUUGAGGAUAAUCAAACUUUUCUUUGGAAUCGACAUUCUGAAGGGUUCCUCCUAUGGUUUUAUGACAAGUUUCAUAAAAGAGGUGCUGAAAAAACUACUCAAAAUAGCGGUGUAUACGUGGAAUCACAUGGCAUUGGGCAGUUGAAUGAUACAGAAGAGUAUUUUGGAGUUAUCAAGGAUAUAAUAAUGCUUGAUUAUCAUACUUUUAAGGUGCCUUUAUUUUGGUGCGAUUGGGCAAAUAUUCGAAGUGGUGUUAAGAAGUUAGACUAUACCCUUGUAAAUUUUAAUAUAGGGCAAAAUCAGUCUAUUAGGGAUCCAUAUGUAUUAGCAUCUCAAGUUAAAAAGGCAUUUUAUGCAAGAGAGAAUGAGUGGUCUAAUUGGUAUAUAGCUUUAAAAGAUUCAAAUAGAGGGUGUUUGGGGCUAGAAUGA